AUGCAUACCAACUACAUUUUAUCGGCUCUUGCCCUAGCCCUCCCCGUAUACUCGGCCAGCUCCACCGCUGGUAUGGGCUGCUACUCCAAAGUCGAAUCAUUCGAGAACCAAGGCCCCUACACCUACCAAUCACCAGGAUAUUGCCGGGCCCAAUGCGCAGGUAAAGAUUUCAAGGUUGCUGCUCUGAGCCGUGGCGACAUGUGCUACUGCGGCAACAAAAUACCCUCGGGCGAUGCGAAGAUCGACGACGAUAAAUGCGACAUGCCUUGCGUUGGAUGGCCUGCAGGAAGCUGUGGUGGCAUGGAUACAUUCAGCUUAAUCGAGGCGAUUGAAGAAAUACGACCCUCUGGGUCCGCAAACGCCUCUACUUCUAUUGUUCCCACCGCUGCCACUGCAGCUGGCGGAAUCAUCGUCGCGCCCUCGACGGCUGGCGCCCCAACCGGCAACGCGACCGCGGCAUCAAAGAAUGCCAACGCUUUAUCCAUGUCUGCUACCUCUAGCGCAACUGCCUCACCCACACCCACGGAUAAUGCUGCUGGAACAAUCCGCGGAGGAUCAUCGCUUCUUGGCGCUGUUAUCGCGGGUAUGGGGUUACUUCUGUGA